GACGUCGUGCACGCUCUCAGCCAAUAGCGAGUCGAGAACGAGGCACGCUGACAGAAUCCGAAGUUGAUUCCGUGCGCUUGUUGAUUUUUUUAUUUCGUUAAAUACGGUGGAGAGCGUCUGAUGGAGGCUGUGCUGAGACACCUGACCAACAUACUGGAGUUACUGGCCGUGUCUCAGACGGACCACGUGAGUGAAUGGGACCGUCACACCACGCUCCGGGCGUUUCAGUGGGCUGAGUACUGCGAGCAGCUGCACUCCCGCUUCCAGUGCAACCCUGCGGUCCGCUCCGCGCUGGAGUCCGCUCUGAGCGACACCAACCAGCGCCUGCAGCAAGCUCUGCCGUCGUGCUCUCCAGUCAUGUUCUCUGAGCUGGCUCAGUGUCAGCACAUGCUGCUCAUUCAUUUACUCACAAACCCUUCCGCGCCGAACUCUGUUAUCCCAAUUCUUUUUCCAGAUCCCAAAACUGCUGCACAGGAUUCCCAGUUUGAUCAAAACAGCCUCAUUACGUGUAAAUCAGCGUUUAAUCUGUUAUGCCGCACAUCGGACAGGACGAGUUAUGCUGGGUUACAUGUUGAAGCAGUGGUCAGAGGCAAACUGCUCGGGAACCUCUUGAACUCUGUACUAAGUCGGACUGGUAAUGAUGAGUAUGCGAGAACACUGCUGGAUUCCAUCCUUCAUGACAGCGCGGGAAAACCGGAAAGCCUUUAUGACGUCAUAGCAGCUGCGCUCCUUUCUCCUGAUGACGAAACGAACUCCGUCGUUCCGCACUUUAUCCUCGCCUGGCUGCAAGAGCAGGAUGGGUGUUUGAGUAAACUGUGCAAAUCUCUCUCCCCCGGACUUUGUACCGUCAUCUCCCGACAGUCUCGCGAGUUUAAACAGGCAUAUUGGGGUGUUUUGAAACAGUGGGCGUCCUGCUUGGAGUUUGACGUCUUGGAGGGUCUGUGGGUGCCGACUUCAGAUGAGCCUGUCACUUUUAUAAUACUGACUGAUCGAUUCAAAGAGUUAUUAAAUUCAGGGCCACCGUUAAAAGAGGAGACAGAAACUGAACUCAAAACACUCAAACGGGAAGCUGGAGACUUUAAUGUAAAAGGCAUCUGUAUAUGGACGGAUGUAAUCAUUCAGCUAAAGCUGUAAAUACAUCAGAAUGGAAGUUCAUUCAAGGCUGUUAGUUAUUUCCUUUGAUGUUAAUUUAACUAAUGAAAACAUGAUGUCUGAGGAUAUAAGUUUGAUAAUUAUAUAUAUAAUAUAUUGCGUUUUGUCGAUUUUAUGUUUUGUAAUCAUUUUAAUUGUUGUUGUUUUUAUUAUAAGAGCCAUCAUAAUAUCAAUUUUAUUUCAACGUGUAUUUUGUUUUUCUUCAUAACUGAAAUUUCUAAACAUGAUUUUGUUCCUCAGCAUUAAAAAAAAAACCAAGAAAAACCAACCCUCUGCCUCAGUCUUCCGGCAGACAGGGGGCGACAGUGCUCUUUACACCAUCAGCCCUGUGCUUUAUUUGAGGGCUGGGUUCCUUGUGGUAUUUUAUUUACAGCUGAAUAAUUAAUAAAGCUUUUAAACAGUGUCA